AUGGGCGACAAGAGCAACGCGUGCAGCAGCAGCAACAACAACAGCUCGCCGUCUUCCGGUGCUGCUGCCGCUACGAAGGUUCGAGGGCAGCGACUCUGCACAAACCUUCCGCCGACUCUGGCAGCCCUCUUAGCUCAAUGGCGGGGGGAGACUCCUGCGCUGCAGCAAGAACGCCUGCAGCAGCUGCUACAGCAUCAGCAGCAAUUGCCGCGAUACUUUUGGUGUCCUUUCCCCCCGCCAGCCCUCAACCGACGGGGUGAAGGCUCUGUAGCGCAACAAAAAGCCGCUGCCCUCUGCAGCUGCACGCACAGCACCCCCAGCAACUGCUCCAGCAAUGACAAUUGUGUCGCCUGCACGCUGAAAUACGUAGAUGCGCUCCGCCCCAAAGGUUUCUGCUCGCAGUUUUCCGCCUUCUCGUGUCCACUUCACUUGACAGAACUUGACUCUGCUGCCCAUAGCCUUAGCAGCAGCAGUGCGGCGGCAAGUUAUACGGAGGUUUAUGCUCAGUACCUGCAGCGUGUAUUGGGCCUGUUGCGUCAAGAAAUGAAGCUGCAGAAGCCUCCCGAGCUGCAGCAGUGGCUGCCCAGCUGUUUGUUAGGUGCACCUGCGCUGCAUCGGUUUAACAGCAGCGGCACUGGCGAUAGUCCGUGUAAGGCGAUGUGCAAUUGCUGGCUGGAGACUCCGAGUUUUUUUCCUGCCGUUUUCUCUCUGCCUCCCGAAGCGCGAUUCCCCAAGUCUCAGGUGUACAGACAGCAGCUGCUGCACCCCGUCGAUGCUGCCUCUGUUGCUGUUGCUGCUGCACUUCGACCGGUUCCCAGCAACAGAUGUCUGGACCUCUGCUGCGCUCCCGGCAACAAAAUGCUGCUGCUCGCUGCUGCCGUGUCUGCAGCGGCAGGUGCAGGUGCUGCAGCAGCAGCUACAGCUGCAGCACCUGCUGGAGCCAAUACAGCGGCACCAGCAACAACAUGCUGCAACGGGGCAGUGGUAGGCGUCGAUGUCAGCGCUUCUCGGAUGGAGCUUUGCCGUCGCCUUCUCCGGAAGAAUGGGUGCACUAACGGGCUUCUCGUCCUCUGCGAUGGAAGGCGGUUUGGUAGCAACAGCUGCUGCCGUUGCGGCAAGAGCGAAGGGGAACUGUCUGUUUCAGAGACAGUAGCAGGAGCGAGCUUGGGGAACGGGAGUCUCGCCAGAAAGCAAGGACGUCUUGCCAGAAAAAAGGAACGCAAGCGACAGGAGGCUCAAGAAAUACCACUUGUUGUUUUGCUGCAAGAGGACUCCAACACGGCAAUCGAGGGCAGUUGCGGCAACAGCAGCAGAAAUGCGAGAGUCAGGAAAAUGCUUCCGACUGCGUCUGAGGAGGUUGCAGCACGGGAUCAAGUUUCAAUGAACGAAGGCAUAACAAAUGAUUUCAGUCCUAACAGCAGAACGGAUAGAAAUAGAGCUUGCCACGGCAGCUGCCACGGCGAAUGCAACUGCACGCUUCCAGAGCGGCUUUCAGAGUUCGAUCGCGUGCUGCUGGAUGUACAGUGUACUCACGACGCCAGCAUAAGGCACCUGUCGCGCUUCAUGGAAGUGCUUUCUAAGGCUCCUCCUCCGCGAGAGCAUCUGCAGCAGCAGCAACGCCAACAGGAGGAAUUCAUCACGCAAGCACACCACCACAAGCAGCAGCAGCUGCUAGUGCAGCAGGCCCAACGGCAGUGUGCGCAACAGCCGAGCUUCAAGCAGACACACCGGGGGAUGUCUGAAGAGCAGCAGCAGCCUCCACAACAACCGACAGAGCCACAGGUGCUGCUGCGUCGGGACUGUGAACAGCCACAGGCGCAGGAAGUGCAGCAACCCCACCAGCGCGAGACAGAGCUAAGCGACAGCGAUCUACGGCCGUUGAAGAUUCCCCAUUUGCAGGAUCAGGAAAAGCAGCAUGGCCCUUUGGCAGCCCCCGCGCGGCAGCGUGAAGGCUCUGAGGGAGAUCUAGAGGAGGCCUCCCCCUCUAGAGAAAUGUUAGCCGAUUACGAAGGCCUAGUGUGUUUGCAACAAGAGCUGCUCAAUAGGGCGUACGAGCUGUUGGCUCCUGGAGGCCUCUUAGUGUAUAGCAGCUGUAGCAGCGACUGUAGGCAGAAUGAGGAAGCAGUGCUGCAGCUGCUGCGGCUGCGGAGGGGGGCCCUCUUCCCCCUACCGUGCAGGGGCCUUGCGUUCGCAGAUACCUCGAUAGAUCAGGGUGCCUGUAGCCUCUCCAAGGAAGAUCCAAAGGGUCUCGAGAGCGCCUCCCCGGAGCGGCACCCCCCGAAAGAAGAAGUGUCUUCCAUUGACAAAACCAAAGCCGACGCUCCUCGAGAGGACCUUCAUAAAGGCUCUCUUCAUGAGCGGGGACCUCCACAGCCUCGCCACACUGCCGCUUUGCUUGGCGGUCCGACGAGGCAGGAGAGCACCCCCGCAUCAGGAGCUAAUGUUCUCCAAACCGAGCCUCUGAUGUGCCCUGUCACGCGCAGCCCUUGCAGGGGCUUUGUAGAUGCUUAUGCGUUUAUGGAAAGCCACACUAUUUGGCCGGCACGGCCUUCCUUGCUGGAAACGAUGCCGGAUCUUCCGAGACACCCCAGUUGCUGGAGCAGCAGCGACAGCAGCAGCAACAGCAGUAGCAGGCUACCCAGGCCCAGCAGCUGCUAUUUCCCUGCGGAUGUCGGGCAGACCAGUGGCAUUUUUCUGUGCUGCAUAACGAAGCCCGUAAUGAGCCCUUGA